AUGUCAGACUCUAACCUUCUGUGUCAGGCUGAAUUGCCCACCGCCCAAGACCCCUCCUGCAGAACUUUUGGAAUCAUCCCUGAUUCUCUGGGUUUUCCCAUUCCGAAGAGGGCCCAGGACUUGGUCCAGCUGACCUCCGAAGCGCCUGGGCCAACUGAGCCCUGGUCCUUACACUCCUGGGACCUCCUUCCUGACUCGCCGGAGAAGUUCACACCCCCGGCAAACCUGGGGGGCUUUGAUUAUCUGGGAUCAUCUGCUCCUUCGCAGGUGCUCUCCCGACCUCACUUGUUGACUGACAGUUUGCUUCCUUUCCUGGACCGGGAAUCUGCUAGGCAGCUGUCUCCAGAGCCAGAUCAGUUUGCUGUUGCACACAAGGAGCUGCGUGACAAGCUAAAUCUGCCUGAGAGACCCCCAGAAGCGGUGCCCAUGCCCAGUGGGGAACAGAAUCAGGCCCCAGCUCUGCCUCUUCUACUCAAAAGUAAGACUCAGCCUGUCAGUCUAGAUCAGGCUUCAGAUCAAAAACUGAAAAAGUAUGUAGCUCAGCAUCACGGACUUGAGGACACUGUGGUUGGAACUCCACACCAAUUUGCAAACCUUCAGCUUCAGACACAAUCCUUGCAGGAUGAUGACACAGAUCCAGGUCUGAGCACAGCUGAUUCUGACAGCCCUCCUCUGAAACCUCAGGAGAGCACAGAUGAGCCUCCAGAGCCCCUUGAGCAAGUUGAACCUUCUGCAGUCCAGCAAGAAGCCCCAGUUCAACCCUCAGACUUGCCAAAAGUCACCGUGAAACAUAUCGAUCUGGAGGUUACACUAACUCCAGAGCCUUCUCCAAGACAGAAGCAGGCCUCAGAGAAUACUGAGGACGUAACACUCUCAUCCAUCCAACAAGAGGCUCCAGCUCAGACUUCAGAGCUCCCUGAAGACACUGAACCUUCUGCAAGCCAGAUGGAAGCCCCAGUUCAGCCUACAACUCCUCCGAAAGAAGUCAAACCCCCUGUUGAGCAAGAUCCUACAGAUGAAGCUCCAGAGUCCCCUAUGGAGAACACAGCUCCAACUCUACCAAAUCAGGAGGUGACGGUUCAACCUCCAGCUCAGGAUCAAGCUCAACAAACUAUCUUGCCCAGUGUUACAGGUAAUCCUGUGGAUGUGGAAAUCACCAUGACAUCAGAGCCUACCAAGAAGGCUGCAUCUUCUCUAGCCCAGCCACAGUCCCCAGUUCAGCCUCUAGAGUAUGGUGAGGAGCUUCAACCUUCUUUUACCUAGCAAGUGGUCCCACCUCAGCCUUCAGGCCCUCUUUCAGAGACUGAAACUUCUCCCAGUGAGCAAGAACAGCCAGCUCAACCUUCUGAGUCUUCUGAGGAAUUGGAACCUUCUGGAAGCCAGACAGAAGCUCCAGUUCAGCCUGCAAAGCCAUCUGAGGAAGUCAAGCCUUCACCUGAGCAAGAGGUUCCAGUUCAAGCUCCAGAGGCUUCAGUUCAAGCUCCAGAGGCGACAGUUCAAGCUCCAGAGGUGACAGUUCAAGCUCCUGUUCAGAAUCAAGCACAACAGGAUAACUUGGCCAGUGAAACAAGUAAGCCUGUGGAUGUGGCAAUUACCAUAACUCCAGAGCCAGCCCAGGAGGCUGCAUCUGCUCUAACUCAGCCUUCAGAGUAUGCUGAAGGGGCAGAACCUUCUCUCGGUGAGAAGGAACAAACAGUUCAGCCUUCUGUGUCUCCUGGGGAGGCUCAACCUUCUGGAAUUCACAUGGCUGCUCCAGUACAGGCCUCAGAGCAUACUGAGGAGUUUGAACUUCCUCCACCCCAGCAGGAACAACCAGCUGAGUCCUCAGUGUCCUCUGAACAGUCUGAAGCUUUGAAAAACCAGCAUGAGAUUACAACUCAGAUGCCAGAACCCUCAGAAAAGGAUGAACUUUCUCCAGUCAAUCAAGGGGCUACAACUCAGCCAGAAGAGCUUCCUGAGGAACCUUCUCCAAGCCAGCAGGAGAGCUCAGUUCCUCCUGUAAUGCCCCCUGCGAAUGCUGAACUUUCACUAAUUCAGCCACAACUCCCAACUCCGUCUCCAGAAUCCUCUGAGGAGGCUAGUGAUCUUCCUCCAUUGGCAGAUAGCACAUCACUUUCACCUCACGAUCUCAACUCCAGAACCCACUACAGAGGCUGA